CGUGCGCACAAUAUCCGCAUUGCGCACAUGCAAAGCAGAAAUGGCGACAGAUUGAAGGAAAUUUCAGCUGUCGUAUUUUCGUUACUUUUUCCGUCUUUUUGUUGUUUAAAUACUCACUGUAUUCCCUGAAUUUUCAUUCAUGGGAAAGGCAGUGUUGGAAAGUCACAUGAGGUCCUUUGUUUGGUGAUAUUUAGCUGUCACAAUGCGUCGGUUUCAGAGAAUUAUUGAGCCGAUAGACGACUAUUUGUCUUCCAUUGGUCUGUACAGGAAAAUUACUGCAAAGGAUGGCUCAUGCCUUUUUCGCGCAGUUGCAGAGCAGGUUUUCCACACACAAGCCCACCAUCUCAAAGUAAGGGAAGCAUGUGUCCAGUACAUGGAAAAUAACAAAGACCGCUUUGCUCCGUUUAUUGAGGGCCCCUUUGAAGAACAUCUUUUGAAGCUAAAGAACCCAAAGGAAUGGGCUGGCCAAGUAGAAAUUAGUGCAUUGUCUCUCAUGUACAAGCGCGACUUCUUGGUCUAUCAGAAUCCUGGGAUUGGUGCUUUCAAUGUCACUCAGAAUGGAUUCACAGAGAAGGUUGUGCUCUGUUUCUCACAUGGUAACCACUAUGACAGUGUCUACUCCAAGAAAUUUCAAGAGAGUGCCGCCAUCUGUCAAUCGGUUAUCUAUGAGAUGCUGUACAAGGAUGUCUUCAAGCUUGCCAGGCAAGUUGAUGAAGCAGUAGAUAUUUUGCGCAGCUCGGGCAAGAAACCCAUGAGACGAGAUGGUAACUAUGGACCUGAUGGAAUGAGAGAUGGGCGUGGCAUGGAAGGAGAUCACAUGGGAAUGGAAAGGGAUGGGAGAGAUCGAUUUGGCCGGUACCAUGAGGAGAAGAGAAGACCACCUCUCCCAUAUCGGGUUGCCAAAGCUCUGGAUCCUGAGAUCUACCGCAAUGUGGAGUUUGAUGCUUGGAAUGAAACCAGAAAAGAACAACAGCAGCAGGAUUUUCUAGUUGCCUCUGGCAUGCAAUAUGCACCAGGUGACAAAUGUCAGGUAUUCUUAGAUGACCCGAAGAAGCUGUACGAUGCUCACAUUCAGGACGUUCAACCCAACAAUGGACUCGUUACAGUCUUCAUUGAAGAUUUGGGUGAAAAACACACUAUUCCAAUUAAGAAUCUCAAACCUCUUGAAUCUGUGAGUCCUCAUCGUCCUUGGAGCCCUCUUGGAGUUAGAAACUACAAGAAUGUAAGCGGCUAUUAUCCAAAGUAUGGAAAUGGAGUCAAUAGUGAAUCAGGUUACAAUCAACAGGGUCAUCAACAGCAGCAUCAGCAACAUCCAUCAUUCAUGCACCCAUUGAUGCAAUCUGACAGGCAGAACCCCAGAGCAACAUCUCCUUAUCAACGAGGACGAGGCGGUGGUCGUUGUAAUCACAAUAUGCAUAAUGCCAUGAGUCAGGAGGAGUAUGAAGAGAAGCGAGCGCUGGAGGAAUCUUUGGCCCUCUUGGAGCUCCAAGAACGAGAUCCUUCAUCUUUUCCAGCUCUACCGGGACAUCCAGUGGGUCGCAUCAACACCCCAAGUCCAGUUAAUCUGUGGGAUAAGUUCAGAAAGGAAGGAAGGAAGAGUGCCUCUCCUAUCCAGAGAGUCAAUACGCCAUCUCCUGUCGCUGUGUUUGAAGUUGCAGAAAGAGGUGAUAGACAUGUUCCAAAUUCUGGAAAGAAUCAUCCAUCUCACCAACAGACAAGAGAGAAUGCUGGAACUCCCCAGAACGCUAACCAGUCUCCAGCCACACCAAAUUGGCAAUCCUCCAACUCCACUCUUAGUACCAGUGGAAGCAAUGCCUGUCCAUCAACUGCAAACACACCGUCUCCGCCCACUGUACCCAUGAUGCCUACCUACAAUGCACCAGUGCCUAUUGGGAUUCCACUUUAUCCAAUGAUUAUUCCAUUGACCGAUAAUUUGACUGGGCCAGUUAAUGCCAGUGCUACAGCAUCCAGAGACCCCAAUGGCUAUGAUCUACCAUUGUCUGAUGUUUCUACUUUGCGCUACUACUACAACUUGGGAAUAGAGUACCAUCACCGUCUGUACCUUCUCCAAAUGCACCAGUGGCAACAGCAUCAGCAGCAACAACAGCAGCAACAAUCAUUCCAUCAGACUCCAGACCCUAACUCUUGUCCCAUGGCAACUCAAACUCAGCAACAACCUGCAAUGCCCACAUCUUCAGCUGGGAAUCAGUUCUCUUCAGAUGGCGCUAUUUGUGCUAAUAACAACAUGCUGGAAGAUGACUCUGAUGAAGGGAUACAUCAGAGAUCCUGCACUCCUAACAGACAUCAUGGUGUGAUGACUGCCAAUCAACAGCCGGUAUUUAGCCUAUCAGGUGUAAAGCAUGAUGGCACUCUUUGUUCAAACGGUGUUCAACAACCACUGUCACAUCAACAGCAGCAGCAGAGACAAGCUUUUCUUCCACUGCCUGUGAAUGCUGUGUACUUUACAUUCCCACCACGAGGUGGUCAACUUUCUAGUUCUGUCCCAGGACAGGAUCAUCAACAGCACAAUGGCAGACAGAGCCCUAAAAUUGUUCCUCAGAAAUGCAGUAAUGGCCAGCAACAGCAGCAGAAUUCAGAGAACCAUGGGGUUUCAGAGUUGAAAAAUGAUUGUGGAGCCAAUGCUAGCAGCAAACCAGCAUCAUUUGUUACUCCAAUGAGACCCAGCAUGCCUCUGAGAAUCCCAACUCCAAGAUCAGAAGACAGAAAUGUCAAUAACGUCUCCUCCGAGUCCCUGUCACCUUCUCCCUGUCUUCCUGUCUGCCCUCCAGAGAACCCUGCCUUGGGUCCAGCACCUCGGACUCUUGUUACUCCAACCAGGCGCAAGUCACCCUUUGAUAUUAUUAGUCCAGGUGUGUUUCCCAUGUCCCCCUUUCCUGUCCUUAACAAUACUAAUAUCACUCUUCAACCUCCUGUGUUGUCUCAAACAGGACCGACGCAGCCCUACUAUGUCGAGUCACCUGCCAAUCAGCACAUUCCACAGCAGCAGCCAUUACAACAAGCACCAGCACCUGUGAGCACUUUCUUCAAUCCACAUGCUAAUCCACCGAGUAUCCAAACUGAACCCUACACACACAUGAAUUACCACCCAGCACCUCCACCACCACCACCAGGGAACUUAGGCACGUAUCAGUACCCAGUUCCAAGUCAGUGGCAGCAUGCAUUUGCUUAUGGAAGCCCAGUUAAGGUACCCGCUGUAGCCUAUGGUCAAAGUCCUCCAGUCACCUUCAUACCAAACAAUGCACCAUCUCCAGCACCGGCAUUAUACAUGCCAACUUCUCACUGAAUAAAUACAUUUUCAAGCCAAAUCACCAAAACAAUUCAAGGGGGCCUUUUUCACAGUUUUCUUAGUGUCAGAUGAGGCAUGUUGCAUUUAUACCAAGUAAAUUAUACUGAAACUUUUACAAAUAGCCUUUUCUAAAUUUUAACCAUUCAUAAACAGGGUAAACCAUACAAGUGUUGAGCCAAGCUAUUUCAAAUCUGACUUGGGGUGGGGGGGACCUACUGUUAAGAGUAAAAAAAUCCUUCUUUCAACUCAUUCCUUAAAAAACACAAUCUCCUUAAAUGUUGUCAUCCAAACUAUUGGCAGCUGAGUGACAUUGUAAAUUUGCUGGCAUAUAGACAAUAAAAAAUACAAAUUUAUGCUCUGUGGGUUUUUCACUCAAUAAGACUUUAAAGUUAGAAAACUAGAGAAAAAGUUAGUACAUUCUUACUCCUAGGAUUGCUGGCCACACCCAGUGUGUCAAACAAAAAGAACUCAUGAAACCAAACAUUGUUUCUGAAACAUCAGAAAGGCAUAUCUAUUCAUUUGUAAUGUAUUGUAAUCCAGAGCACAGAAAUAUGCUACACUUGUUGAAUUAAAUGUACACUCCAGAGGGAACUGCAGGGUUACUGUCUUUCCUGGUUUUGGGGGACUAUAAAGAAAAGAAAAGUGCAAGUUAAGUAAGUGAGUUGAAAUGUUCUGCACACAGAUGGCUCAAAUUUCACGUUAUUUCAUUGUAUUAGCACCUCAACUGCUUGAGGUGCAGGAUUCUGUUUUAAAAAAGUGUUGGUGGAUGAAUUGUAUCCACUUAUAUUCUGUGUUUUUGUUUUCUUUGAAAAUGGAUGAAGUAUUGCCAACUCGCAUGUUUGAGAUUAAUUAAAAAGAGAAGUAAAAACCCUCUCAAACACUAGGUCUGCAAGAAUCAUCAGAUGAUGAAGACCAUUUAUCAAAAGACUGUUAUUUUUAAUUAAAACUUCAGAGAUUGAAAAGAUAUGCGGUAUACGUUUAUUCAAAGAAGAAUCAUAUUUUUCUAUUAAUGGAAAGCAGGAAGCUGACCAAAUUUACGAAGAACCAGUUAUUUUGGGUUUGAGAAUGGUGAAUAAAUUUUGAUUUGAUUAAUGUCACUGAACUAUGAAACAACGCAAAACCAGGAAAUAUGAUAAGAUGUCUAUUUUUGUAAUACGUAAAUUUUGCACUUGAUUGAUUUGAAAUGUUUUUUGAACUUCGUUACAGAUACGUUAAAAGUCUUCAAUAACCAAAACAGAAAAGCACUGUUAAAAAAAAAACCAGACUUUAAAACUCAUUUCAACCUUUUCCAUUUCUAGUUCAUUUCUACUGAAAUUUACUGAAGAAUUUUCUAUGAAUUGAAAAUAUUCCAAGAAAUGCAUGCAAGAAGAUGAUUGAAAAAUUAGGUGAUGUAGGUGAGAGUUUAUUCAAGGUCAGAAAUAUACUGCAGUAACUGCAACAGAUAACACAGAUUGUAUCUUGUUAGCUACGUGUACCCGUUGAAGAGUAAUUCAAGCAACCAUGACAAGAUGUUUACCCUGCAAAAAUCAAUCUUCCAAAUUGGAGGUUGUUUGAAAAGGGAUUACAACACUCUUUCACCUUUGUCAAGAAGACGCACCUGGCCAUUAGAGAAAUGUACUAGUUUUUUGCAGAGGAGAUCAGAGAGAGAGAGAGUUUGGACAGAUGAUUUGGUUUAUUUGGAUUGUUGAAAGUGAUUUGGAUGUAAUGUUUCUCUUAACACAACCUCUUACUAACUUGUUCUUUUUUCUGAAGCAAAAAAAGCACCAUGAGAUUUUUUUCAGAAUUGAUGUUGUGUUUUUUCAUGGUAUUAGAAAAUGUUAGAGCAUAUGUGAAAAUUCUGAACAAUUGUUUGAUCAAUCCAUUUGAAACUUAAUAUUUGUUUAAUUAGUAAGAACGUAGUUGUCAAAUUUGUAACAGCAGUGUACAAAAUACUUGUGCAUUUAAAAUAACUAAAUUUGGUAGUUCCUUGCAAUUACUACAGGUGAGAGUCUGUGAAAUUAAUGCCAGAUUUUGACAUCAGCAAUUCUUUUUAAGAUGUUUCAAUUGCGUUGUAAAGUUGCUGUUGCAAAAUUUUCAAAACUUUUGAGAGGUUUAAAUAAAAAUGUUUUUAUUAAUGUCAUAUUAAUAGGCAUAUCUAUAUCUGGAGUUUUUAAGUUUCAGAACAGCCUGAAAGUCAUACCAUAAAAAUAAAUGGAACAUUUGUUUACCUAUAAUUCCAUUGUUUGGAUAUACUUUUUUCAUGUAUUACUUAAAUAUAUUGCCAAACUAUGUUCUAUUGUGCCUUUGGAAAAUGCCAUUGUAUUAAAAUAUGAAAUUGUUAAUGUAGAUCUAUACUGAGACGUUUAUUUUUGAAUGACAUGUUCCUUUUCUUCGUUUUUUUGAUCCUUCUUUUUGACAAUUAAGGUUGACUUCGCUAGGAACGUUUAACAAAGAAUGUUGUCUUUCAUACAUAUUGCAAAGUGUAUAGAAACAUGUUAAUUUUUUUGUGCAUCAGUGAGAAGUGUUUUGCUAAUUAUAUUUUGAUAUACCCAUAAUUUUUCCAUAAGUUAUAUUUAAAAAAAUCCUAUUCAAAGUGUUAGAGUGAAGUGUUAGUAAAAGGUAAUUUUUGAAAUAAAUUAUAUUAAAGGUUGACGUUUGAUUUCAUGCAUUUAUGUAACGGAAAUUGGUUUUUAAUACUCUGCACGGACUUGCAUGUGUUAAAUACUAUUAAAAUCGUUGAGCUUUCAUUCAUAUUUGUAGCUUUUUCUAACUCUUCAACACUCCAAAUAUUUAAAGCAGCAUUUAAUAAACAAGAUAACUCGUGCCUUACUACUUCAUUUAUGACUCACUCUAGAUUUAGAUACCAAAGGUGCUACCAAAUUGCUAGGAAAUCUGCGCUUGUUAACUGUUGUCUUUUGUAGGCUCAGCUUUCUACAAAUUGUAAUACAAGACUAGACUUUCAUAAACCCUCCAAGCGUGGUCUCAAAACAGAUUGCUUGCUCAGCAGAACUGAGAAGUGAUAACAUCAAAUUGGCUGAUGAAACCAGUUUUCGCCUAGUUUGGUGUACAUAAUUUAAUAUUUUAUUGCACACUCUCUUUGGUUAUCGUGCCAUAUCGAGAAUAGUGAUUACUUUGGGUGUAUGAACGAAUGGUUCACACUUUAUUAUCAUUUCAAUAAUCCGGGUCCUUUUGCUAUUUUAAGGGGUUCAAAGUCUGAGUUUUGCAUGUAAAAAUGGUUUUAAGAUGACUGUCUGUACAAUAUUUUACUUGAUAUUGUCCUGAGCAAAAUCUUAAAAUCUUCCAAGUCUUAAAUUCGGUGUAAAGCUUGUGCAGGUUUUAAACUGACUUUCCAUCUUGAAACAUCUUACUACAUGGUUUUACAGUGAAAAACCCUCGGCUAAUGAUGCAUCUUUUUUUCUCUCACUCUCUCUUUUUUUAAUCUUCGUAUUUUACCGAUUUUUUGUAAUAAUGUUUGUCGAACUUCGAAAUUCAUGUGACUUAAAAGUAGCUGGACUUGUUUUCAUAUUUUUUUUUUCAGCGUAAAAUUCAUGCAUUUGGUCUGGUUUUUCUUAAGCGGUCUAAACACUAUUGUUGGGCCAGUAAUUUUGUAAUAUUUCGUUGAUAUAAGUAUGUAUAUUCUUUGUAUUUAAGCUUGUCGCUUUCACAGCAUAAACUUUUCCAAUAUUUUGUUCUUACUCUUGUGAUAAGUAGUAUUGUAUACCGCGUAUUCCACUUUGCACCUUUUAUACUUGUUCCUCCUUAUCACAGACUGCACAGUAUUUCAAACAUGAGCAAAAGUUGAGCAAAAGUUGCAAUAAAGGUUUGCACCCUGUGAACAAAAUG